AAAUUACUCUUCGUCUUCACUCUUUCAGGGUUCAGAGCAACAUAGUAACAGAGAUGGAUUUCUCUCCCCUGACGGAAGCAGUGGCGUCGAAAUCGUUUGAGAAGAUCGCCGACAUCUGCGAUAGCAUCUUGCUUCAGGCGGCAGCAGAGGGUGUUCCUUUUCAAGGGGAAUGGCCUUUUACAAUUCAUCUUCUGGGCCACAUCUAUGUUAAUGAUAUUAACAGUGCACGAUUUCUUUGGAAGACAAUACCUUCAGCCAUCAAGGAGAGCCAACCAGAGGCGGUUGCAGCAUGGAAAAUUGGUCAAAAGUUGUGGAUGAGGGACUAUGCUGGUGUGCAUGAGGCUCUUCAUGGGUUUGAUUGGAGUCAAGAAGCAAAGCUUCUCGUAACUGCAUUUUCAGAGCUUUACUGUAAGAGGAUGUUUGAGCUGCUGGCAUCUGCUUAUGCAACAAUAAGCAUCCAAGAUACAGCUCUAUUUCUUGGGAUGAAUGAGGAUGAUGUGACAAAUUAUGUCUUGCGGCAAGGUUGGGCUCUGGAUCCUGCUUCUCAAAUGCUGACUGUGAAGAAGACGCCUGUUGUGAUGGAACGGAAACUUGAUCCCAGCAAACUACAGCGCUUGACAGAAUAUGUGUUCCACCUUGAACACUAAUCAAAGUUUUGGAGCUUCUUCGUCUUGCCUGCAAAACUGAAUCAAAUCCUUUGGGUUUGCUAGUUGAAGGAAGCAAAUGCUUUGAAUGGAACCAAUAUCUAGGAGCUUCUCUGAUUGUUAUUUUGUUUCAAAUUUGUCUUGCACAUUUGGAAAUAGCUUCACCAUUUACGUAUCAUCCUGGCAAACGUUUCCCAAAGGUAUAAAGAGCAUGUUUUAUU